AUGGUUUCCGGAACCACAUUAAGAAUACCUGGGCAGUUGUUCGCCGCGACUUCACAACCAACAUGGUGGGACCCAUGCAGCUACGUUGAUCGAUUAUGGGAGACAAUGAAUAAACUGAAGAUUACACAACCGCGUCUACAGUCCACUAUUGCGUUCACCCCGACAGAGUGGCCUACAUGCACCCACAUUUUCAUCAGACGCGAUGCAGUUCGUCAACCACUUCAAGCCAUCUACGAUGGAACUUUCAGAGUGCUUAGACGAGAAGAAAAAGUUUUCAUCGCAGACCACAAUGGGAAAGAGGACGCCGUGUCUGUAGACCGACUCAAGCCAGCCUUCCUCGACAUGGAGACCUGGCCAACUAAUAAGCCUCAGAUGCCACCAAAUCCCGUCUCUCUCGACAAUAAAAAGGCUGUAACCACGAUACGCUCCCGCAGACGCGUUCAUUGGCCCGAUCGAUAUUCAGCUUGA